GCUGCUGAUGGCGGAGAUGGGCGCGCUGCUGCAGGGCACAGAUGGUGCCGGUGUUGCAGGAGUUGGGGGAUUCGGAGGAGCUGGUGGAUUUGGGGAAGUUGGCGGAGUUGGUGGAGUCGGGAACACACUUCUCUUACUCCCACCGUUUGCCGACACUAUUGCGCUGUUGGGGGAUCAGAGACUUCCUGCGGAGCGGCUCUCCCACAGCACCCCGGCUGAUCUAGUGCACUUAAAGGGCAUCCUGAGGAGGAGACAGCUCUACUGCAGAACCGGCUUUCACCUGCAAAUCCUGCCCAAUACUACAGUGCUGGGCACAAGGGAAGACCACAGCCACUUUGGUAUCCUUGAAUUUAUUAGCCUUGCAGUUGGAUUAAUCAGCGUCCGAGGAGUGAAUAGUGGUCUCUACCUUGGAAUGAAUGACAAGGGAAAACUAUAUGGCUCUGAAAAACUAACAGCUGAGUGUGUCUUCCGGGAGCAGUUUGAAGAGAACUGGUACAACACAUAUUCCUCCAACCUCUACAAACAUGGGGAGAAAGGGGCACGCUACUAUGUGGCAUUAAACAAGGAUGGAAGACCGCGGGAUGGAAGUAAAUCAAGGCGACAUCAAAAGUUUUCACAUUUUCUUCCCAGGCCAGUGGACCCUGAUAAAGUACCUGAACUUUACAAAGAAGUGCCAGGCCACAGGUGAGAACAGUGGCCCAGUGUAGGAGGAAUAGGCCGCUUGGCCCAUGGGAAAUUAACGGUUGGCUUUUAGCAACAGUGCACUCACCAGUGCUAGGAAGAAGACCUGGGUUCUUCUUUCAGGAAGCAAGGCUCAGAAAUGUUGGUCAAGUGCUCACUCCUGAUAAGAGUGCUGAAUGCUAAAGAAGAUGCUCCGGAGUCAAAGGGACUAACAGAGCUUAGGUAAACGUAAAUGAAGACAACGUCCUGGCAGCUGUCAGAUCGUACAUUUGUAUGACAAGAUUUUAAUAUUAACUGGCUGUGGGGAAAACCAAUACUGAAUUAGAAAGACUUGAAGGAACACUAGUUAUGUAAUGCUCUAAGAUGUCUGGACUGAAAACUGUGGAUAAAAGGACAC